UCGCAGCACCCAAAACCCUAAGAUUACAAUUUACAACCCAGUAGAACAAUAAGCUGCAAAACCCUCCCUUUCUCCCAAAACACACACACACACACACACUUGCCGUAGACUCGAGAUGUUGAGAAGACAAGUGAGUUCACUCAUCUCAAUCUGCAAACAAAAUGGAUCCACGUAUCUCCAGAAGCCCAUUGUCUCAACAAGUAUGAUUCCCCAACACCCACUUCAAUUCUCGAAAUGGGGAAACUCAAAGAUUGGAUUUUUAGGCACAAGGGCAUAUAGUCUGCUGAGUUUGAAUGAUUUGAGGGAUAAUAAAGGUGCAAGAAAACCAAAGACUAGAAAGGGUCGUGGGAUUGGGUCUGGCAAGGGCAAAACUGCAGGUAGAGGUCAUAAGGGUCAGAAAGCUAGGGGGACUCAUAAGUUUGGCUUUGAAGGUGGUCAGACUCCGCUUCGUCGCAGACUCCCCAAAAGGGGAUUUCAUAACCCCUUUAGCCUCACUUUUCAGCCUGUGGGGUUAGGAAAGAUUGCAAAGCUAAUAAAUGCAGGGAGGAUAGACUCUUCAGAAUUAAUCACCAUGAAAACUCUCAAGGAAGCUGGUGCAAUUGGAAAGCAAAUACGUGAUGGGGUUAGGUUGAUGGGACGAGGUGCUGAACAUAUCGAGUGGCCUAUUCAUCUUGAGGUUAGUAGAGUGACAGUAAGGGCAAAGGCAGCUGUUGAAGCAGCAGGUGGAUCUGUGAGGAGAGUUUAUUACAACAAAUUAGGUUUCCGGGCUCUCCUUAAGCCGGAGUGGUUUGAAAAGAAGGGAAGAUUGCUUCCAAGAGCAGCAAGACCUCCACCUAAGCAGGCAGAUAAAGUGGAUAGCAUAGGACGUCUUCCUGCCCCAACAAAGCCAAUUCCUUUUACAGCCGAGGAGAAAGAGGCAAUGUCCUCCCCAGCCAUUUAAGGUUUUUUUCUUUUUGCUAUUCUUGGAUAAGUUAUGAAACAACAGGUAAUGUCUUUUUUGUUAUUGCCAUCUCUCUUCAGACAUAAAAUUGACAAGGGAGGAUUUGAUGGAUUUUUCUCUUUCCUGAUCGUGUUCAGAAGGAAAUCUCAAUAUCACGUAUGGCCUAAAGGUUCAAGGCUGUGAAAUCAUGCUCCCUUCUGCUUAUUUGUAGAUUCUUGUACAAGCAAGUCUCCUAAUCAGUUUCCAUGUUGCACAGCUUUGAGCUUUGCAACAUGAUCUUGGUUAUUAGUGCGGGUUUAGAAUAAAGUGGUGGUUUGAUUAUGCCAUUAGUGAAAAACAACUUGCUUAGUGCUUUAAUGAAAUGAAAUAGCAUGAGUGCUUUAGGUUAUUCGAAUUA